CAGCAGCAGCGCGAUAGCGAGGACAAAUCCUCCGACGAGAGCGAGACCCCGAGCCGCGUAUGGCACCCCCCGCGCCACAGCCGCCUGGCGUGGAGCUUCGCGGACCCGAGAGCGCCAAACCAUCGCCGCUCCGGAUCGUCAAGCGUGGCCAGACCAUUGCCGGUCGUGCCUCGGCCGGAGAGAUCGUCAGCCGAAGAUGCGGACGCCGAUUUUCGUGUAGCUCGGAUCUCAGCGUGGGCAGCUCGCAGGCCAGCGUAGAUCCCCCCCCGUUGAUGGUGCACAAGACGAGGAAGCGGAGGGGGAGUAUCCUACAUGGGAGCUCGGAGGAUGCUCUCUUAGAGAAGAGUCCGAAGAGUCCUGGACACGCGAUUGCGAAUCGUGUUGAGAGGCCUUUUGAGGUGAGAGCGCUGCAGGAUGAUCCCGAUCUCACUCCCAAGGCUUGCAGGACCAUGCCACGGAUGAUGAGUGACGGAGGAUACCUGAAGCCUGAGUAUCAUGGUAUCUCUGCCGGUGAUUCCACCAGGCUUCCCGUCAUGAGCACUCGGGGUUCUCCCGGUUCAUCUGUUCAAGUUCCUGCGCCCCACGUCACGGAUAGUGCUCUCAAGGUGCAAGAACGACGGUUCUCCAAAUCCAAGAACUUCUUUCUCAAAGUCAUUCCCGGCCGCAGUCAGUCAGAGCCAAAGUCUUCCAACGCUCUCCAUAGGAUCAGCUCAAGCGUUUCCAGGCACACCCUUUUCCGGCGUCCUUCGCGUCCAGAAAGGGACAGCUCCGCUUAUUAUGCUGACGAGGACAGCGUCGCCUCUUCAGAUAUUGCUUAUUCAUUUGAUAACGACAGCGAGGAUAUCGCAGAUGUUAGUUUUAAUUCCAGAAUGCCUCCAUACCUUGAUUAUCUUGAUAGUAGGGCGUCUUCCCCAUUCUCAAGCUUCAAUCCGGCGCCCGCGAUAUACCAUCGGGAUAUUUUUGUACUCUGUCCACAAAUUAAGGUCACGCCGGAAAUAUCCACUGUCGACGGUGCUACUUGCAGCAUCUGGGCAGCUCUUGAGGUCACUGGCGUUCUUCGAUGGACGGAGAAUAAUGGCAGUGGAGCACACAGAUAUCUUUCUCUGUCGGGCACUCAGCUUUCUCAUCUCGAGCAGUAUGGCCGCUUGUACUCCAUGCGCAUCGACCUCAUUCCUGGUCCAGACUGCAUGGUUUCGGAAAUCAUCGGCAACCUUCGCGAAUCCAAAACUCUUGGUGCUAGGGAGACACAUCUUAUCCUUGUCAAGAUUCGACUGGGCAAGAUCACUUCUCCAUCACGACACAUCAGAGAAAGUUCAACCCCUGAUGAGCUUAUCGCUGACCUCGAGGAUCGUCUUGGCGAUGCCCUCACGCCUUACCUGACAGUUCGGCUCACCUACAGGCAUUCCGGAUUCCCAGACGAAGUGCAGACUGCAGCAGGUACAGAGACUGGCAUGUCGGCUCAGUCAACAAUUCUGCAGUCCGAAGCGACUGCCGUCAUCCAGAGGCAGAACCCUCAUUCAGAAUGGUCACCUCGUACCUCACGGGCCAUGAAUGAGCCUAUCAAUACCAACCCUCUCAUCAAGCUUAUCGAGACACACUUUUCGACGGAAAAAGCGCUCCGUACUAUUGAAAAGCUGGCAAGGGAGAGACGUCAACUUCCAUCCGCGAGACAGUCCAGAGAUAGCAGUAAAUCAGCUGGCUCCAGCGAAGAAACUUUGAAAGGACGUCAUGGAAGUAGCCUUCAAGCUAGAAUUAGCUCUGGUGUCACGGCAUCGAUGGUAUCACUCCCGAAUGGCACGGAUGAAGUGAAAGAUGCCCAAGGACAGGAAGACCAGGACGCAGACCUGGACAAGGACCCAGCUCGGAAGAUCUGGAGCGAGAUGCGACGCACCUCUCGUAGCGGACGUCCUAAUGGUAGCCCUCGUGACCGAAGUCCUGCGGACGAUGGUUGCAGUACGGGCCGCGUCACCUCCGCUUCCAGCGUUGACCAGGAGAGGAACAAGAUCAAGCAGACGGCGUUGCGGAACAAGAGAAGCAUGGGGGCGGAUUCGCUGAGGAGCAUCGCUCCUAGUAUGGAGCCGCCGCGGGGGGGAACAUUCACGGGCUUGGGAUUGAACGUGGGACGGAACUGGGGAUGGCAUGGGACUUGGUGGUGAGGGAUGGAUCAUCGUUAUUAGGCUUUUGCUAUGAGAGGGAAUGGGAUAGAAUCCUUGUUAGCCAAUUAUUAAAACUCUGAAUCAUAGACAAGUUUCCUUUCUUGCGGUUGCAGUCCCUGGACCAACCCCCCCUUCAUAGCCGAGCCCCUUUCCAGAAUCCGCUUGCACCUCAGGCCCGCCCCUUUUCCAAAUCGGAUCCCCGUCAUCGUCAAACUGCGCCCACUCAAAAAACUCACACCCCUUCUGCCCCGGCACAUUAC